CCUUCUGGAAGCGUAAUUGGUCUGUCAUCCCUGAUGAUAUCUAUAAACGAUCACUAAAUGACUUAAGCUCCUAUAAACUACAAUUAAAAGCUAAUUGAUUUUUACCAAUAGUAUACUAAAUUGAUUUUUGAGCGAUAUUGUUGAAACCGGUGAAUACGUGUUACUCUUCCUACAAGGCCUUGCAUUGGCUUUCGACGCGUUCGAUUGUUAUUGGUAAAUAAUCCGCUGUUCACUGUUAAUCAGGCGGCGCGCUCAGUCCACAGCCCUAAUGAUAACACUAUGUAUGUUGCAGCACGUUAUUAAGGUAAUACGAUAGAAGGAACCUAUGUGAUUUAUAUCAGUGACAUCGGACAUCCGGGAAUUUUUUACUGUGGAUUGUGAAAGUGGCAUUGGAAUUUAAAACCUCGUGAAUUCCAACUUCCAUCCCAAUCUACAGAUGUCUUGGGCGAGACGUUUCCAAAACAGCGUGAGAAAACGUCCGUAUGACGCAGUUGUUUAACGCGCAAUGUUUGUGCCUCGUGCGCACGUGCACCUUAGUAAUCCGGAUUCUAAGCGAUCAUGGUUCUCCAGACCUUCCAGACGAAAUGUUAUACAGCGAAAACUCAAAUGGUACGAGUGUGUGCGCAUGCCGUGUUUGAUUCCUACUCUGGUAGGAACUGCGAUAGGGAUUUUGAUCUUGAUUAGCGGGACGCUUAUGAGUUUCAUUGGAUAUAACCCCAGUAAGUUUCUAGGAAUCACCGAGGAAGACAAAACCAAAGUUUUAAAUAGCAACGGCACUGACAAUACUAUAGGUGCCGUGUCUGCAGAGGGUUUAAAGAUUCUAGCGUACGUGGGUCCGGUAUUUAUGGGCGUUGGGUUCUUCGUCAUGAUAAUUGCUGUAGUUCUCUACUGCGAAAUCAAAGAGAAGUACGUUUGUAACAUUCUACCUCAGCAGCACGUCAACGUUAAACAAGUCCAGAGGGACGUCCUAUACGAUAUGAUCAUCAACGAAUUCAGAAAGAAUUACUUCAGGGGCAUUCAGGUCCCCAUCCCAAAACGAACGAAGAAGCAGAAAUCGAUUGAGGAAAGAUACCCGACUCUAUUCAAAGCGCUUAGUAUCAGCACACCCGCGCUUAUCAUCACACCAGAAAUUCAACGUAAAUGGAAAGACAGCCAUGAAGUUUCCCCGAAUCCAAGUCGAUCACGAAGAAAGAAAUAUAUAUAUGAUACAUGGUUAAAGACUUCGUCACUCCCUAAUAUUCGCGCGCGCUCCGGACACCGGCAAGCAUUACGUCAUGAAAGACGUCACCAAAGAAGAGCGGUCUUCCAAGAUCGCCUGUCAAAGAGUUGUGAUCACCACGACAUUCAAAAUAAUUCUGUGGACACAGAAAAGAAUGAUCGGGGAUCUUGUUUUGAUAACCCUGCGUUUAGGACUUCUCCUCAAAACAACACUCCCCCACAGAUUCAAGUAAGUCCACCCACGACUCCCGACACGCUAGAAGUCGAUCAGCGCAGUCUCACUCAAGUGUCGGUCCACGUGGACCACCAUGGGAUUCCGAACGGGCGGAUUAUUCAUUCGGUGUCAUGUGAUACAACAGACGACAGACAACGAAUGCUUUUAGACGAUGUUACUUCAUCAAAAAGUUUCACCAGCGACCUCUCACGGUCAGACGCGCGGGGAUUUACACUGAAGAGUAAGCUCUACCCCCAGAGUUGUAUCGAUCUUUGUGACGAGGACACCAGUGAUAAGCACGUGCUGGUGACAUUAGACAGCGUAGCCGUCCAGAAAAAUCUUCAAUGCCAAACGCAACUUACUACGGGAAAGAAAAAUGUGUUCUUUCGGAACAAAACGGGACCCUACAAAACUCUAAUAGGGAUCUUUAGAAGCGAGUCGUGUUUAGACCGCAUCAGGAAAUUCACGAAGCCAAACAGCGAAAAAGACAACGAUUCUCUAGAUUCAUUCACGCUUACGGACGAUGUUCUCAAAAACUUCGAAAUGGCCGAAUUCUCUCACAGCUAGCAUUUUCUCGGACCAUUGUUAACCGAGUGACGAGUAUCACAAUUUUGUUCGGCAUGGAGAAUUGUUUUCUUUUAUUAAAAUUCAUUAUCUAUAUACUUCCAUGUUCUGUAUCAGAAUGGAAUUUUUCAGCACAGCACAAGAAUAGGAUAUGUACAAUCUGUAUAUUGUAUGCAAUAAUGGAAAAUCAACGAUGACUUUGGACACCUCUCAUGUUGAGCAGAUAUUGAUUAACUGAUGUAUUUAAUCAUAAUGUCGGUGGCACUGGUGACGGCUAUUUUUUCUAAUUCACUUUUAAUGGUAAUCAUGACAUGUAUAGUAGUCACAUAUUGCUUACGUCAUGUUGAUUUUCUGAUGUGCACAUUGUAGCGAACAAACAUAAUGGAAGUCAUCGACGAACAUCCAUGGUUGAUUUCUUUUUUAUACUCACCACCCGUGGAUAAAUAGCUAGGAAACCGUCGUUGAUGAGAAAUGGAACUCUUCGGUAUAAAUUUACGAAAUAACGAUUAUCGGUUUGUAGAAUACAAAUUCUUACAGGUUGUGAAACAAUCGAGAACAGUAAACUGGUACACAACUGAAAAGCGAUUCAUGUUGGUUUAUUUCGGAAUUAGUUUAUAGCCAUAUACAAAUGCAUAACGCGCAUUUUAAUUGGUUCAAAUCCCAUCUUGAGGUCUUGCAAUGGCGCCAAUCAAAUGAUCCUUGUAUAGUAAUCGUCAACGAGGUAUUCUCUGCGUAGUUAACUAGCGGAUGGUAAAAAGAUGACGAAGUCAACCUUGGGUAUUGGACGAUGGAUGGGAGCUUGAAAUAUUUAGAUAAACAAAUAUUCAUGUAGCAGUAUUUUAGUGGGUUUUUUAAAAUGAUAUUCUUGUUAAGAUGCAUUUUGUUAGAUCUUUUAAACGCAACGUUUAGCGAGUAUUUCAAUGAUAACACACAUUAAAGUCUCUGGAAACUAAGAAACAGGGUAUUGUUACUAGUAAUAUGUACGGAGAGACUGUCUGUGAAGUUAGCAGUAGUAAUAUAUUACGAGUAUGUGAAUGGAGGUCACCCGAUUCUAUACAUAAGGUACUACAGCUGUAUGGUAUGUCCUGUGUAGUUUUAACUCGGCUAAGAUGUAGUAACUUUGAAUGUUUCGUUGUUAAAAUUUUACCUCGAAAAGGUGAACGAAUUCGUCACUAGGCACAUGUUCACAAUGAAAUAUACUUUGGUGCUGACUCUCUUUGGAAAAUACAACCCAUUAAUAGUAAACAGAAGUUCUAUUGUAUUAUUAGAAUUAUAAAACGAAUUUUUGUAUUGCAGAUGUGAGGGAGACCAUAAAUCUACACUGUAUCUCUAAUUAUGUCGUUUUCGAUCAUUAAGUCUUAAAAAAAUGCAGAGGCGAAUGACUGUUCAAACUUUAGAUAUUGUUCGUAAUUUGAUUUGUGUAAUUUUCAUUUUAAGCAGUUAUUGACAUUUAAAUGUUGUAUCAAACUGUUGAGAUCUUAUUUCCAAUUAUAUCUUAAAAUGUUACAGAUAGAUCAUGUUUUCAGUCUUAAGUUUCAUGAGUGCAAGAGUCCAAGCACAACACCGUAUAAUUCUGUUCGAUUACUUUCAUGUUAAAGUAAGUUUUGAUGGAGUAGUUUCAUGUUGUCCUGUGGUGUCAUGAAAAAUAUUCGAUGUGAAUAACACCCUCUAGAUUUGCUGAUUUAAUUAUUUUUUCACGAAGCCAAUUCGUUUUCACUUGUUCCUAUUGUUAUGUUUAUACGAAAUAAAGACGUUUCAUUUGUA